AAACUGGCAAGUUUUGCUCAAGACUCUCUUUCAGCGACGGCGAGCCAUGCGACGAAGACUGAAUGGGCGAGAUGUCGAGCAGGAAGGUUUGCUGUCCAAACAUAUCGAGUAGAUGCUUCGAUGAAGGUAAUCACGUACAGCUCUUCUUUAGGUCCUGCUUCAGGUAAGUUAAGAAUAUCGCUGUAGACCUUCUGCAUCAGUUUGUAACGAGUGGAGCCAGGAAAAUGACUCGAAAACGGGUCGUGGGUAAGAUUGGUGACCGGACACGUGGUGCAGACCGUUGGGCGAGACUGCGGUUUCAUCUCCGUGCCGUCAGGUAAGAGAAGACUGUUUUUAUCAAGAACUGCUGCUCGGAUUCAAUGAUUUAAAAUCCCUUGCGAUGGAUGUCCUAACCGUUGGUGCCAAAUUUCUUAUGUGGCUUUGUGUCCUGAUGAUCGCAGAUAAAAGUCGGCGUUAGUAUAAAAUGAAGAAAUGAUGAAAGGAGAAAGAGCUGGAGACAUGUCAAUCUCCCCUUCGACGAAACGGUUUGAUGGCAGAUGGUCCUGCGACAGCUACUGGAAGACUCGGCUGCUCGGCGACUUCUUCUUUCACGGCUUCCUCGACGACUUCGGGUUCAUCAGCUGCAAGUCCACUGAUUUCUCCCCAAAGUGGAGCUGGAGUUCCUUGGAAGGCUGCACGGGUGUUAUAGAAGGUUCGCCAAGCAUUGGCGCCUUCAUCGGCGGUAUUAAACUCCCAAGUAUCCAGUGCGGGACCGAGACCAAGGACGCGUUCAGAAUCACCAGAGGUGCCCUGUGCUGUGAACUGAAGAACUGAUACUCCAUGUUGAGUAGCAGCGCGACCGAGGAGUUGAGCUGUGGAGAGAAGAUUGAAACCAAGGCUGGCGACGAUAGGAACAUUGGUAACGUAUGCAAAGACCGGAGGACGAUGCUGUGAUGGCGGUGUACUCUGCGGCAUCUGCUGCGUCUGGGACGUCGACUGCUGCAUUUGCUGAUGUGGCUUCGGUAACUGCUGCGAACGAUGAUAUGGUUGCGAAGUGCUGCGACGGUUUUGACAACGACUGCGACAAGUUUGGUCAAGAUCUUGCUGUUCCGCUUGAAGAUACGACGAAAUUUCGGUUUCUGAGAGGUUCCGAUUCAUGCGCAAGAAGGCGCGCGUCUGUCGCCACUCGGGACCAAGUCCAGCAAGAAGGACCAUGAGAUACAUCUCACGAGGGAAGUAUCCUCCACUCUUCUCCAGUUGAUCUUGUAGUGUGCGAACACGAUUGACGUAAUCCAUGACAUUCUCGUUUGUCAUCAUCUGCACACUUGUCAGCUGCGAAAGAAUCUUACUUGCUGUUAUUGUGUCUUUUGCCAUGUACACCCCCUUUAAGUGGUUCCAUGCAGUUUCAGCUGGCGUGAAGCUUGAAUGAAAAGAUCGAACGCCAAGCUGCUCCUUUGGCGACAGGUUCCGAACUAGAACCGUAUACGCCCCGAGAGAGGCGUGCAGGAAACUCUGUUGCUCCAGUUGUGUUCCCAUGACAGGAUACGUAAACUCGCCGGUGAAGAACGGCCAUAGCCCAGCGAACUGCGCCAGAAGCUCAA